GGCAUACCACGAUACACCUUCAUAUUUAUAAAAUUACGUUAAAUUGCAUAUACAAAUAUCACUCUUAGACUCAAGAGAAAAGUUAUCAAGAAAUUUUUUUUUAAAAAAAAGAAAAAAAAAAUGGCUAACUACAAAAUUGGUGGUCCGAUAUGUCUUUUGCUGCUUGGGGUCGACAAGAAAUUGAACUCGCAGAAAAUGAAAUGCCAGGAUUAAUGACUUUAAGAAAAAAAUAUGGACCUACCAAACCUUUAAUGGGGGCACGUAUUGCCGGUUGUUUACAUAUGACUAUUCAAACCGCGGUUUUGAUAGAGACUUUAACUCAUUUAGGUGCCGAAGUCGCUUGGAGUUCUUGUGAUAUAUUUUCUACACAGGAUCAAGCCGCAGCUGCCAUUGCAGAUACGGGUAUACCUGUUUUCGCAUGGAAAGGAGAAACUCUAGAAGAAUUUUAUUGGUGUAUUGAAAAAACUCUUUUUGCUUUUAAGGAUGGAAAACCUCUUAAUAUGAUACUUGAUGAUGGUAGUGAAUUAACUAAGAUGGUCCAUGAAAAGCAUCCAGAACUUUUAAAAGAUAUUAAAGGCAUUUCCGAAGAAACAACAACUGGUGCUCAUCAAUUAUAUAAGAUGCUCAAGGAAGGAAAAUUAAAAAUUACUGCUAUCAGUGUAAAUGAUUCUGUCACAAAAACGAAAUUUGACAAUCUUUAUGGAUGUCGAGAGUCCUUAAUUGAUGGUAUUAAACGUGCCACUGAUGUGCAUAUUGCUGGAAAAUUAGCUGUUGUUGCAGGUUAUGGUGAUGUCGGUAAGGGCUGUUCAGCAGCACUUCGAGGAAUUGGUGCUCGUGUUGUUAUUACUGAAAUUGAUCCGAUUAAUGCUUUACAAGCGGCGGUGGAAGGUUAUAAAGUUACAACUAUGGAAGAUAUAUGUGCCCAAGCCGAUAUUUUCGUUACUACAACAGCUAAUCGUGAUAUUAUUGUGGGCAAGCAUUUUGAACAAAUGAAAGAUGAUGCUAUUGUAUGCAAUAUUGGACAUUUCGAUGUUGAAAUUGAUGUUAAUUGGUUAAAACAAAAUGCUGUAUCUCAUGUUAAUAUUAAACCUCAAGUUGAUCGUUAUACUUUGAAAAAUGGCCGACGUAUAAUAAUUCUUGCCGAAGGUAGAUUAGUUAAUUUAGGAUGCGCCACAGGGCAUCCAAGUUUCGUAAUGAGUAACUCCUUUACAAAUCAAGCGUUAGCACAAAUUGCUCUAUGGACUGAUAAUGCUUCUUAUCCACUUGGUAUUCAUAUGUUACCAAAAAAACUUGAUGAAGAAGUCGCUACUGCUCAUCUUGAACAAUUAGGGGUUAAACUCACAAAACUUACUCCAGUUCAAGCUAAAUACCUCGGUGUUAAUGUUGAUGGUCCAUUUAAACCUGAACAUUAUCGUUAUUAAAAGUAAAGGAAGAAAUAAAGAAGUUAAAUUAAAAAAAUAAUUUAUUUACAGUAUGUCUAAUUAUUUCAUAUUACGAAACUUUAUUAUUGUAGUUAAAUAAUCCGUCCUAUAGAAAAGAAAGUUAGAAAAUAGAAACUCAAACUACAAAAAAAUUGGUAUAAAAGCCGUUUCAAAAUCCGUAAAUGUUAGCCCUGUUCAUUUCUGGUCGGCUGAUUUUUUGGUCGACUUUGUACUACUCAAAAUUUACGAAUAAAAUUAUUUUGUAAAUUGAGUUGAAAGUUUGCAUUUUUUUUGUUCUGAUUUUUGUCG